AUGUCCCCUCUCCUCCUUCGUCUCCUCACCCUCCUCCUCCUCCUGCCGCUGUUAGCCCAGUGUCAGAACGCCGUCGGUCAGUUUGAUGUGUGUCGGUCUCUGCGUGGCUCAGAGGCGGGGCCAGGAUGGGAGUUCUACGCCUGUCAGCCGCCCGCCAACAUGAAGGAAGUGAUGCAGAUCAGAGUCGACCCGCCUGGGAUCACCUGUGGGAACCCACCUGAGAGGUUCUGCACACUGGAGAACCCGUACCUGUGCAGCGAUGAGUGCGUCACGUCCAGUCCUGACCUGUCUCACCCUCCUCAGCUGAUGGGCGACAGGGAAAGGGGUGGGCUCAUCACCUAUUGGCAAACAGUCACAUGGUCCAGGUAUCCUGAGCCCCUAUUGGCCAACAUCACUCUGUCCUGGAACAAGAGUCUGGAGGUGGUCGAUGACAUCAUCAUCACCUUCGAGUAUGGUCGACCAACCAGCAUGGUGCUGGAGAAAUCUCUGGACAAAGGUGUGACAUGGCAGCCGUAUCAGUACUACGCCGACGACUGUCUCGAGACCUUCGGCAUGUCUCCUAAACGAGUCUCUGACUUGGCACCGAGUAACCUGACCCGGGUCAUCUGUGCGGAGCAAUACUCCGGCUGGGUCGGCGCCAAGGAGAAGGUCGUGAUGUUCGAGGUACGCGCUCGGUUCGGGGUGUUCGCUGGUCCGAAGCUGAUCAACAUGGACGCCCUCUACACCCGGAUGGAGACCAUGAAGGGUCUGAGAGACUUCUUCACCUUCACCAACCUCCGCCUGCGACUGCUCCGCCCAGCACUGGGCGGGACUUAUGUCCAGAGAGACAACUUACUGAAGUACUUCUAUGCCAUCUCCAACAUCGACAUACCUGCCAGAUGUAGGUGUAACCUCCACGCGUCUCAGUGUGUGUUACGUGAUGCAACACUGCAGUGUGACUGUGACCACAACACAAGUGGACAGGACUGUGAGCGCUGCCGUCAGGGCUUCAGGUCACGCACCUGGAGACCGGCGUCGUACCUGCCACUGCCCAAAGGCACCGCCAACACCUGUGAAGCAACAGAAACAUCAACCAACACUUCAAUCAAUGUACCACCUCCCGACGGAGCCUUUCCAGAUGUACCUCUUCCUGAUGCACCUCCAGUGCCACCUCCUGGUGUACCGCCACCUGAUGAAGCUCCUGAUGUACCUCCUUCAGAGGCACCCUCCUCUAGGACUCCAGACAUUCUGAUAGAUACGCCUCCUCCUGAUGUACCUUCCCUUGAUGUACCUCCUCCUGAAGUACCUCCACGUGAUGUACCUCCUCUUGAUGUACCUCCACCUGAUGUACCUCCUCCAGAGGAACCUCCUCCUGAUGUAUCUCCUGAUGUACCUUCCCCUGAUGUACCUCCUCCAGACGUAUCUCCACCUGACGUACCUCCUCGAGAAGUACCCCCUUCUGAUGUAUCACUACCUGAAGUGCUCUCCCCAGAGGUUUUGCCUCCUGUAGUACCCGCUCCAGAGGCAUUGCCUCCUGAUGUACCUCCUCCUGAAGCACCUCUUCCUGAAGUACCUUCCCCAAAGGUUUUGUCUCUUGAUGUACCUCCUCCUGAAGUGCCCGCUCCAGAGGUAUCUUCUCCUGAUGUACCUCCUCCUGAUGCUCCUGAAGAGUCCUUGUUGCCUUCUUCUGAAAGAGGAAGUGAUGCUGCUCCAGGCAAAAUCAUCACCACCUCAGAUCGAUCUGACCCUAGUGGUGAUUUGGCCCCUGUCGACUUCACCUUCCCUUUUCCAGAUGAUCCAGAUUCAGCUGACCCUGGACCACGUUCUGAACCAGAUUCUGGACCAGUGCCUGUUGGUGAUCCUGGGAAAACUCCAGAUGAUUCCCGUGGAUUGGAGGAUGUUCCUGGAUCAAAUAAAAUAGAUUCUGGACUGGAUUCUAUCUCAGCAGGGUCAGAUACAGAGGAAACGGGAAAAGGUGGAACAGAAUCAACCAGACCAGAUUUCCUUGGUCCUGGUCCAGAGUCUAGACCAGAGUCUCCUCAGGCAGUAGACAAACCAGGAGUAGAUUCUUCUGCAGGUCAGAUGGAAGUGAAGUCUUCUGAGGAGGAUUCAGCUGCUGGUGGACCAGAAGGAGGGUCAGAGGAAAACAAAGAGUCUAAACCAGAGACGACAGAAGGGCAAAGAGAGGAGAAAGUCACUGAGGCCACAGAGGAAACAAGAGAGGACACAAGAGAGAAAGCAAAGAGGAAACUCAAGAGGAAACUAAAAGGAACGACCCAGAAGAUUCUGAUCCCAGGAGGACCAAAGUUCAGUCAGCUCUCCAAAAUCGCCUACAUCUCCUUUCAGGACUGCGAGUGCUGCAGCUACAUCGACUUCAUCAAUGUGGUCACAUGUGUGAGCUGCAAACACAACACGCGAGGACAGAACUGUCAGUUUUGUCGCCUCGGUUACUACAGGAACUCCUCGCUGCCACUCGACCAUGAGAACAUCUGUGUAGAGUGCAGCUGUGACACUGAGGGCAGUGUGUCUCCUCACUGCAGUGAUUCUGGUCUCUGUCAGUGUAAAGUUGGAGCCUCAGGGAGGCGCUGUGACUCCUGUCUGCCGGGAUACACCUGGAGAGGGGGCGGAGUCAGCUGCACAGAGAAUGUCUGUGAUGACGAGCGUCUGAUCUGUCAGAAUGGAGGAACCUGCAUUGACUUCCAGCGCUGCGUCUGCCCCGACGCCUUCACAGGUACGUUUUGUGAGAGGAGGGUCUGUCUGAAGAAGGGCGGCUGCCUUGAGAACACCGAGGGCUCCGCCGCCUCUGUGACCUCACACCUUUUCCUGCUCACACUUGGUCUCAUCUCCUCCACCGUCUGCUGACCCCGCCCACUGGUGACAUCACAGAGGGAGGGAUGUUAAACUGAAGCUGUUGGAAUAGGAAGUGAUAUCACACUUUUUUCUCUGCAGACAGGAAGUGUGAUGGUCUGCAGGAGGAAGUGACAUCAAGAGAAGAAGACAUAUUGAUGAUGUGGACACAUUUCUCAGGACUUCCUGUUUAGAUGUUUAAUGACACUGAUGAUGUCACAAAGCCACCUCCUUUUCGUCAGGUGUAGAUAAUAACAGUCUCUGAUUGGUCGCCG